CCAGGCCCAGCCGGCCCGGGUCAAAGAUCAAGAUCGCCGCCCAGGGGACGGAGACGUACCCUCAGCUUCGUGCCCCACGCAGCCCCCCCGCGGCGGCCGAGUGCGGCGCGGUCGCGAGGCGGCCGGUCGGGACUCAGGCCCGAGGGGGGCUCCCCGCGGGCGUCCUCCCCACGCUGAACGUUUCCGCGGGCAGCUCGGCGGGGGCGGGGUCCCCGGCGCAGGCCCGGCCGCGCGACGCGACCCCAAGCGCAGGGACAAAGGGCGCGGGCCGCGCGGCCCGGGGCGGAGGCUCCGGCGGGGGCGGGGAGCGGGCGCGGAGGCCGGGCCGGCCCUGGGCACCGGGCGCGCUUCCGCCGGCCGCCGCGCGCGCCGCGGUCCACGGGAGGCUCGGCGGCGGCGGCGGGGGCGGGGGCCGCGCAGCCGGGGAGUUUCAGGAACUGGCGGAGCGGGCGGCGGCCGGAGUCGCCGAGCGCCCACACUCGGGGCCGAGGCGGAGCUGCCGCCGCGCCGGGGCCCAGCCGCAGCUGCCCUCAGCGUCGCCUGCCCGCCUCCGGUCGACCGCGCGGCGCGGGAGAGUAGCCGGCCGUCCCGGGCCGGGGAUCCGCCCGCCAUGGCCACCAAGGCUCGGGUUAUGUAUGAUUUUGCUGCGGAGCCUGGAAAUAAUGAACUGACGGUCAAUGAAGGGGAAAUCAUCACAAUUACAAACCCGGAUGUUGGCGGAGGCUGGCUGGAAGGAAGGAACAGCAGGGGAGAGCGAGGCCUGGUCCCCACGGACUAUGUCGAAAUUUUACCCAGUGAUGGAAAAGACCCAUUUUCUUGUGGAAAUUCAGUGGCUGACCAAGCCUUCCUCGAUUCUCUGUCAGCGAGUACGGCUCACGCUAAUGCAUCAGCUGCCAACAGUAACAACCAGGUCGGCAGUGGCAGUGACCCCUGGUCAGCCUGGAGUGCCUCCAAACCUGGAAACUGGGACAGCACGGAUGGCUGGGGGGCCAAGCCGGAGGGGACGGCAGCUCCGAGAAGCACUGCCAAUAACUGGGACAGCGCCUUCGGUCACCCCCAGGCCUACCCGGGACCAGCCACUGGUGACGAUGACGACUGGGACGAAGACUGGGACGACCCCAAGUCAUCCUCUCCCUACUUCAAGGACUCAGAGGCGGCCGAAGCAGGAGGCGUUCAGCGUGGAAACAGUCGUCCUGGUGCCUCGUCCAUGAAGCUGCCGCUCAACAAGUUUCCUGGAUUUGCAAAGCCUGGGAUGGAACAGUAUUUGUUGGCUAAGCAACUAGCAAAACCCAAAGAGAAAAUCCCUAUCAUUGUCGGCGAUUACGGCCCGAUGUGGGUUUACCCUACCUCCACUUUCGACUGUGUGGUGGCGGACCCCAGGAAGGGCUCCAAAAUGUACGGGCUGAAGAGCUACAUCGAGUACCAGCUGACGCCCACUAAUACUAAUCGAGCUGUAAACCACAGGUAUAAGCACUUUGACUGGUUGUACGAACGUCUCCUGGUUAAGUUCGGGUCAGCCAUUCCCAUCCCUUCCCUUCCAGACAAGCAAGUCACAGGUCGCUUUGAGGAAGAAUUCAUCAAAAUGCGCAUGGAGAGGCUCCAGGCGUGGAUGACCAGGAUGUGUCGCCAUCCGGUGAUCUCGGAGAGCGAGGUUUUCCAGCAGUUCCUGAACUUCCGGGAUGAGAAGGAAUGGAAGACUGGGAAGAGGAAGGCCGAGAAGGAUGAGCUGGUGGGUGUCAUGAUAUUCUCCACCAUGGAACCAGAGGCCCCUGACUUGGACCUGACAGAGAUAGAGCAGAAGUGCGAUGCCGUCAGUAAGUUCACCAAGGCCAUGGACGACGGCGUGAAGGAGCUGCUGACCGUGGGGCAGGAGCACUGGAAGCGAUGCACGGGACCGUUACCCAAGGAGUAUCAGAAGAUAGGCAAGGCCCUGCAGAGCCUCGCGACGGUGUUCAGUUCCAGUGGCUACCAAGGUGAAACGGAUCUCAACGACGCGAUAACAGAAGCGGGAAAGACUUACGAAGAGAUCGCCAGCCUUGUGGCAGAACAGCCAAAGAAAGACCUGCACUUCCUGAUGGAGUGUAACCACGAGUACAAGGGCUUCCUGGGCUGCUUCCCCGACAUCAUCGGCGCACACAAGGGAGCAAUAGAAAAAGUGAAAGAAAGUGACAAAUUGGUGGCAACUAGUAAAAUCACCCCACAGGACAAACAGAACAUGGUGAAGCGCGUCGGCACAAUGUCCUACGCGUUGCAAGCCGAGAUGAACCACUUCCACAGCAACCGGAUCUAUGACUACAACAGCGUCAUCCGCCUGUACCUGGAGCAGCAGGUGCAGUUCUACGAGACGAUUGCAGACAAGCUGAGGCAGGCCCUCGGCCGCUUCCCGGUCGCGUAGGACAGAGCGAGACGCAGCGAGACCCCGCGGCGCUUCGUUCUGACUUGGGGCAGUGCGGUUUAAUACCCCCAUCAUCCAAAGGAAAGGAAGAGAACCAAAAAAUUAAUGGGGUUGCAAAAAAACGGCAUUUACACUAUGUACCAGCUUAAAUGCAUCGGUUAUACUGUUGUCUUCUCUUCAUUUCGACAUCCGUUCUUUAAGCCCGUGGAAAUUGUUUCUAUUUUUGGAAAGUACUUAAAAUCACCAAGAUUUUGAAUGGAAAAUUAGAGGUUUCCCCACUGAUAUUUUAUAUAAAAUUGUAAUUUUUAAGUCACCCAUAAUCUUCCAGUUCUUACCCAAGAUCAGAUAAUUACUAAAUGCUUUCUUAAAAAUAUGAAAUAUGCCAGAAUAAAAAAUAUGUUUGUA